AUGGCCAUCACUGUGCCCGAUAAUGGGAAAAAGAAUAGCAGGGCACGCAUUUUCCAUCCCACUGUGUCUGCAUUCAUUGUGCCUGUCGACUGUGUCAUUGGGGAGUGUCUGCCAGCUGAGAUAAAUUCUCUUUCUCCAAAGCAACCGCACAGCAUUGUCCAGCGUCGGCUGCUGGAGGGGAACAUCACGAGGCUGCGCGGGGAGGCCCGGGACCUCAGCUCCAGGGUUCGCUCCCCGCUGGCCGACACCAAGGAGGGGCCGGCCGACGUGGAGGAGAGGAGCGAGAGCACGGCCGAGGACUCCACGGAGGAGAGGGAGUCUCUGGAAGAAAGCGAACGCAGCCUACGGUCGGACGAGGAGGACGACAACAGCGAGGCCGGAGCCGGGCGGUCAGCCGAGAAGCCCCAGAGCACGGACGGCCCGGCCCUGCUCACGGCCCUGGUCGUUCAAUGCAAGUGCCGCCAGACGGAAGUCAAGGCCUCCAUCAACACCGGCAGCCUACAUAACCACAUCUCCACCUCCUGCUGCCAGAGGCUAGGACUGGUGCCCAGUCAGGAUGGUUCAUCGUGCGGUGUGGGCAGCUCAGUGACAGAUCUGCAGCUGCAGCUGGGCAGACAGACCGUCCAGUGUUCAGCCUACGUGAAAGAGGAUGAGGCGUUUGAGCUGUGCCUGGGUCUGCAGACUCUGCUGGAACUUAAAUGCUGUUUGGAUCUGGGCAGUCGGGCUCUGAGGCUGCGGGGCUGCGGCCAGGAGCUUCCCUUCCUCAACCCCUCCACCGACAGCCAGUGCCAACACGACACCAACGAGAACCUGUGAGCCCCACUCUGCGGGAGUUUGGGGGGGGUGACGGUUUCUCCUCAGCGUGACCGGCUGCAGAAGUGCAGACCGAUGCCAUCCGCGUCCGGACCGUCCAGUCACAGCAUCUCUAACUGCCAGAACACGGAUGAGCAUUCACCUCCACCGUUCUUUGAGUUUACGCCUCUGAGUUUGCUGACAUCAUGCCAUGAUUUUUUCUCUUAUAUUAGAAUACUUCACAAAGCAAAACUAAGUCUCUGUAAGUCUAAUCGUCUAUUUUUACUAUGAGUUUCUUUAAAGUGGAAAUCAAUAAUUAAAACCUAAAUGGAAUUAUCAAGUAUAUUUUGAAAAAAUGUAAUUGAAAAUUUGGAUAAUUUCAAUAUAUAUUAGCCUACAGCACCAUUUCUUCUGUUAAUAUUUGUAACUUUUCUUUUUGAGUUAUCUGUUUUUUUUUAAAGCUGGUCAGCAUUUCUCUUUUGAUGGUUGUCUACCAUUUUUCAGAAUGGUAAUCACUAAAAUGUUGAACAAUAAGAGAUAUUUAGUCUAAAAGUCACAUUAAAAGCUAAUAUUUUUUGGGGAAAACAAUUGUCUCUAACAAUACAACCUGAAAUCUCUCUGUCAGGUUCAGCCAAACUAGUGGUUCUCUUUUCUUUUUGUGAAAAAAAUGUAUAUGUAUGUAUGCAUCCAUCCAAUCAGAUCAAGUUCUCCAUCACCUUCAACUUUCAUAUUGCAAAGCAUUUAUUCUGAAUAUAAAUGUUUAUGACUUGAAUCUGUUUUAUAUUGCACUUGUGCUAUCAUUUGGAUUUUUUGAAAAACAUUAUAUGCUUAGUUUGAACCCCCAUCAAUGUUUAUUAUUAUUUAGUUAACACAGCUACUUGUUGUAUCACAGGUUGGGAACCACUAAACUUCUGCAGUGGCUUUAAUUUAGUGAGAUUUGGGUUCAUUUAGUUUGGGCUGAGCCAGCAUUUCCUGGAAGUAACCUUAAGACAAGAGAAUAUUACAUUCUAUCACCAUCCUGAAUGAGAAGACAACCUUUUCUCAUUCUCUCCUCAUUUUGUUUUUAAAUCCUCGGUCAGCAGCCUGCAGCCCAGUUGAAGGCUGAUGGUAGUGUCCCAGCUAUUUAAGAGGCUGUAAAAGGACAAUCUGUGUGUUGGAAACCGGCGUGACCGCGUGCCGCAAUGUGACCAGUUGUGAACAAACGUGUUAGGAUAGUGAGCUACUGCAUAAGCUGCCUUUUAAAAUAUGUUCAAAGACGGCCAUGAGAGAAAGAUGUUUUUAAAACCACAUACUUAGGUGUGGAUCAGGCUGCCUCGGUGACAGAAACGGAUGGAUUCUCAACUCCAAUUAUGCUGGUCACCGUUUCUGAAGUCCUGAUAUAUGAGUUCUGUAAAUCUAAUUAUUUUCUUUCCACAUCGGAUAAAUGAUGGAGUUGUGUUUCAAUAAAGCACACUCACAGCCUGUCAUGGUGGCCUACGUUGACAAUUGUAGUUUUCUAUAAAUUCCUUUUAAAAGAAUAAAGUAUUCUCUCAAGCAACCAGCAAAAUAUGUCAGAUUCAGACUGGCAAAAAAAAAAAAGAAGACAAAUUCUAAACAUUCCAUCUUGCAUGACUUUGUAAAGUUCUGCUUUUGUAUAAGUCUGCAUGUAGUGAACUAGUCAGAUUACGUCGCGUUGAAAGUCCGAAGGGGCCGGCCGGUUCGUGUUUUUAGUCAGCAUGUGUGUCCCAAGUCAAAGCGGGCUUUUCUCUGCCUCGUACCGGCUCCUGGUUCACAUGGGAAAAAGUGGAUCUGUUCCCAUGUUCCCCCGACCGAGCUCCGAACAGAACAAGCUGCCAAAAGCUGACCCCAGCUGCCUUCCCUCUCGGCCUUUUUUCAGGAGAUUCCAAUCACUCGCAGUGCCGAGACCUCCUCUCGAAGCUCAUCAGCAUUCAGAGCACCGGUCUCAUUUGUGUACUCUAUUUUGCCACCUCAUCUCUGCAGCUCUGUCCAUAUCCGGAGAAAAUCUAAACAAAAAAACAAACAUUCCCACCAUUUUGUCACCCCAUUGUCUGCUUUUAUAAUGACAAGCAACAGGAAGUACUUACCGAAGGCCUUCAAGCUCUGCUUUCACCACACCCGAGCCACGUGAUUCUUUUGACCGUGCCGUUCACCGUCCACGUAACUGACCACUGGCGCCCAGUCACACGUGGAUUGGCAAAGUUUUGUUUCUCUUUGACGUACAGUGACUUUCCUAUGCCGUGUGAGGGGGAAUCGAUGUUUGAAAGAAAUUUAUUUUUGGUGUUUUUCUUCCUCUGAACAGUAUUUUCUCUGCCUAAUAAAAUAUGCAUUCUGGCAAGCGCGG